AUGACGGCGGGGAGACCCACGGCACGAUGGGCGGCAGUGCCCAAAGGCACGAAGGACGGCAGGUUGACCAAGGGCACCAAGCACGGCGGGCUUACCGAGGGCACGAAGAACGGCGGAUGGACCAUGGGCACGACGUACGGCGGAGGCGCCAAGUGCGUGAAGGGUGGUGGGGAGAACAAGAGCGCGACGGCGACACCAAGUGCGUGGAGGGCGAGAGCGAGGAGAGGGAGCAAGGACGCUCAACGAGUAGUCUGCGCCUGGUGGUCGCUCACACGGUGUCCACUCGCCCCUGCUGGACGACGCGCGCGUGAAAGGAGACAAGAUGAAGAGGAAGGGUCCAAGAUGGAGAAGGAGCGGAGGUUAGAGCAGGAGGCGGCAGACACACCAGCACUACGCGGCACUGCCGAGCCAGCCCAGGGACCCGCAGUAGCCUCCCUCACCCCAGUACCGCCUCGCCAACCAGCAGCACCAGCAGCAGUAGCAGCAGCAGCGCGGCGGGGACUCUCGCUGCUGUCGAACAGGGAGGGGGUGGAGGACGUGGCCAAACCGCACUUACUGGUGGAGCGGCGCUUUCUACCUGGUGCUGCGGUGCCGGCAGCCGAAGCGCCAGGUUACGAACCCACCACCCAGGAGCCGGAAACCAGUCGACAAAAUCGUGACGAUCCCUACCACCCUAGCACGAAGGCUACAGCCACGACCGAGGCUCCAGAGGUCGAGGAAUACACCACCACCGAGGCCCCGGCUACCGAGAACUACCCGAGUACUGAGGCGCCGGUGAACGAGAACUACCCAAGUACCGAAGCCCAGAGAACCAAGACUACCCCACCACCGAGGCCCCGGCCAACGAGCACUACCCGACCACCGAGGCUCCGGUCAAGCAACACUACCCCAGCACUGAGGCGCCAGCGACCGAGGACUACCCGGCCACCGAGUACCGAGGCGCCAGUUAGGGGAGACUACCCGACUACUGAGGCCCCGGCCAACGAAAACCACUCGAGUAGCGAGGCGCCGAUGAGACAACACUACCCGAGUACCGAAGCGCCGGAGGUCAGCCCCUACCAACCUCAGACGGAUGCUCCUGGUACUCGUGGCCGCCUGAGCGGCGAGUCUGGCCGCAAUGACAACGGCUAUCAGCGCCUCCACGUUCGCUCCGCUGAUCGAUGUGGUGACUAUUCCACGCCGGAGUCGACGAACAAACCGUCUUGGUGGGGAUGGUUGUUUUAG